GUGAAACUAAUGAUGGCAAAAUUGAAAAAUUUCUCGUCCCCCAAAACUGUAAUCUCGAUCUAGGAGGAGAUCUGAUUACAGAGAUGCAGCCGUUUUCAUGCAUCUAUUCAAAUCUACAAUCGGCAGCGGUCUUCUUUUCCUGCCGCGGGCUUUUAAAGAGACCGGCACUAUUUCGGGAGCGGCUUGUUCCAUCCUGACGGGUUUCGUCACAAUGUACACGGCGAUAACAACCGUACGAUGCGCCCAAAUUCUUUGCAAGCGUGUUCGAGUGCCUUCUUUGGACUUGGGAGAAGUGGCCAGCUCGUCGUUUGAAUACGGACCGGAAUUUUUGAGGAAGUACGGAAGGACGUUUAAAGCCGUAACAAACGUCAUGGCUUGUUUCGCGGAAUACCAGACGGUCAUAAUAUACAUUCUGUACGUAGCAACCUCGUUUCAACAGGUAAUCGAAUACUUCUCCACGAUAGUCUGGGACGUCAGAAUAUACAUAUUGUUGUCCGCGCCGUUCUAUUGCUUGGUCUCCCUGGUCCCAAACCUGCAGUACCUGACCCCGAUGUCGGUGGUUGGCAGCCUGUUUUUGAUAGCGGGCUUCUUCGUCACUCUCUACUAUUUCUUCAAAGACAUGAAGAGUCCC